AUGUUCUCGGUAAAACUUCUCGAAGGAAACUCUGACCUUGUCAAGCUUACUCGCUGCCAAAUCUCCAGUUGCCCUUGUUCAGCGCUUCUCCGUCGCCCUUCCAAUGCGCCUGGCGCGUGGCCUGUAGACUUGACAUUCGGUUUUGACAAGGCAUCCGGCUGGUAUCCCGUCACCCUCCUGACUCCCAAGUUCCCCCGGGAAAAUAUGGUGGCUCCGGCCUCUACCGGUCCAGCUCCCAUGGCUGCGCAGUCGAUGGGUCACCAACCUGCCCGGUCUUCCAGUACUCACCCGUCGCAUUCUCACAAUGUUCCCUUGAGUGCCCGCAGGUCGGCUCCUCUCGACCUUUCCACCGUCGAGCGCCGCGGCCAGCCCAAUGCCCCGCGCGAGCCGUCUACACGCGUUCGACCUCAUGGUUUACCCGAAGCCCCGACCUUUCGCCCGACAGAGGAGGAAUUCAAGGAUCCCGUGGCAUACAUGCAGAAGAUUGCACCGGAAGGAAAAAAGUAUGGCAUUUGUCGAGUCAUUCCACCGGAAAAUUGGCAGCCGCCGUUCGCAAUUGAUACAGAGCGAUUCCAUUUUAAGACCCGCCGACAAGAGUUGAACUCGGUUGAAGGAGGUAUGGCCCCGCGUUCAGCGAGUUUUGCUGCCGGUGGAGCCACUCCGCAGCGCGGUUCUAACCUAGAGUCUGACGCAGGAAACCGCGCCAACAUGAACUACGUCGAUGGCCUUGCCAUGUUCCACAAGCAACACGGUACAAACUACAGCCGACUGCCCAGCGUCGACAAGCGGCCCCUCGACCUUUACAAGCUGAAGAAGGCUGUCGAGGUCCGGGGUGGAUUCGAGCAGGUAUGCAAGACAAAGAAGUGGGCAGAAAUCGGGCGCGAUCUCGGUUACAGCGGCAAGAUCAUGUCCUCUUUAUCGACCUCCCUGAAAAAUUCCUACCAACGUUACCUCCAACCGUACGAGGAGUAUCUUGCGAAAGCCAAGCCUGGCGUGCAACAGCAGCUGGAGCUGGAACAUGGAGGCCCAUAUACUCCAUCGCCCCGUCAAUCCCCGAUGACCAAGAAGCCCUUCAUGGAGGAAAACGGCACCCCUUCGAGGCCCCGAGACGAGACUCCAUCCAUACGUAUGCCUCCGAUGACAAGCACCCCCGUGGCAAAACCCGCUGAUCGACCCACCCCAUCAGUCGAGCCCAAUACACGCCCCGCCCCCACUGGUUUUACUCCCGUGAACCAAUCAGCCGGGUUCACACCCGUGAACCCUUCCCCUGGCUUUGCUGCUGUCAAUAGUCCGGCGAUCAAGCACGAAGGGGAGAACGGAUCGUCUACGCCUAGGGCAGUCACCGAGCAUUCUGCCCAUUCUACCCCCGUCCCGAAUGGCCACUCUGGCCAACAGGUGAAACGCGCCAUCAGCCACGAGAGUGGGCAUCAUGAAAACGGAGACAUAGAUGACGAGGAAGCUAAUGGGCGGCGCAGCAAGCGUUUGAGAAAAGAUGUCCCAACUGUGGCUGGCUCACACAUGUCUCUUCUCCGCCCGGUCCCUCCUAAAGCACGCAAAGAUGGUGCGCAGAGGACUGGCGAGAAAUGCGAAACGUGCCGGAAAACUGAUAAUCCAUCUACCAUCUUGGUAUGCGAUAGUUGCGAGCUCGGCUAUCAUACUGCUUGUCUAGACCCAUCCACUACUGCUCCUUCGGGGCACGAUUGGCAUUGUCCAAAAUGUUUAGUUGGCACGGGCGAGUUCGGGUUCGAAGACGGUGGCGUCUACUCAUUGAAGCAGUUCCAAGAGAAAGCCAACGACUUCAAGAAACGCUACUUUGCUGCUAAGAUGCCUUUUGAUCCGGUGCUCAAUACCCAUCGUCGUGAGACCGAGGAUGAUGUCGAGGCAGAGUUCUGGAAACUGGUUGUUGAUCUUCAUGAGACUGUCGAGGUUGAGUACGGUGCUGAUAUUCAUUCGACUACCCAUGGCAGUGGGUUCCCCACCAUCGAGCGCAAUCCAUUGGACCCCUACUCAUCUGACCCCUGGAACUUGAACGUUCUUCCUUUUUACGGUGACUCUCUUUUCCGACACAUCAAGUCUGAUAUAUCCGGCAUGACUGUUCCUUGGGUCUAUGUGGGUAUGUGCUUUUCAACUUUCUGUUGGCACAACGAAGACCACUACGCAUAUUCGGCCAACUAUCAGCAUUUUGGCGCUACCAAAACUUGGUACGGGAUUCCUGGAGCCGAUGCAGAAGCUUUUGAAAAUGCAAUGCGCGAGGCGGUCCCAGAGCUUUUUGAAGGACAGCCUGAUCUGUUGUUUCAACUUGUCACCCUAAUGCCACCGGACAAAUUGCGCAGUGCCGGUGUGAAAUGCUACGCCGUGGAUCAGCGCGCAGGCCAGUUCGUUCUCACCUUCCCUCAAGCAUACCAUGCAGGAUUCAAUCAUGGCUUCAACUUUAAUGAAGCUGUCAACUUUGCUCCUGCUGAUUGGGAGCCAUGGGGAGCCAUGGGGGUGGAGCGUCUUCAGACCUUCCGCCGCCACCCCUGUUUCUCUCAUGAUGAGUUACUCUUUACCGCAGCUGCUCGAGAUACAUCCAUCACGACUGCUAAAUGGCUGGCUCCUGCUCUGGAACGAACUACCACCCGGGAGCUUGGUGAUCGUGCUAAUUUCCUCGCUCGACACCGAGAUAUCAUGGCGCACAAGUGUGCUAUUGGCACCGAACCUCCUGCUGGCGAUUGCCAGCUGAAGUUCAUAGUUGAAGAGGAGGAUCUUCCCGAGGACGACUACCAAUGUAGCCACUGCAAGGCGUAUACUUACCUUACCCAGUUCCGUUGUCAUCAGUCGGGAAAGACUGUUUGUCUGCUGCAUGUGGAAGCUUACGACUGCUGCGGUGAAACCUUCCCACAAAAGCUUCUAGGUCCAGGACAUACACUACGAUACCGUAUGAGUGACGACGAGCUGAGAGCUAUCUUGCAGAAGGUCGAGGAACGAGCCAGGAUCCCACAGAUCUGGGGGGAGAAGCUCGACAAGACCUUGGAGGAUGAGCCCAAGCCGCAGCUGAAAGCUCUCCAUACUUUGCUCAGUGAAGGUGAGAAAAUCCCAUACCACCUACCUGGCCUCCAAGAUCUUGCGGCCUUCGUCCAGCGUUGCGAUAAAUGGGUUGAGGAGGCGAACAACUACAUUACCCGAAAGCAGCAAAACCGCAGAAAAAAUGAGAAAGCAUGGCGCAAGGCCGGUCCCAAGGCGGCGCAGCUGGACGAUCGUGAUCGCGAAGUUCGCAGAGUGGAGCAUAUCUACGCGCUUCUGGCAGAGGCUGAUAAACUUUCCUUCGACUGUCCACAGAUGGCGGCUCUGGAAGAGAAGACCCGCGAGAUCGAAAAAUUCCGCCAGGAUGUUAACAGCGCCCUGAUGAAUCCCCAUGUCCGAUCGACCCAGGAACUUGAGGAACUUAUUGAAUCCGGCCGAAAUUUCAACGUGGAAAUUCCCGAAGUGGAAAGCCUGGAACAGAAAAUGCGACAGAUUAAAUGGACCGAAGAUGCCGCCCGCAGACGCGACCAAUACCUGAACCUCCAAGAUUGCCAGGAAUUAGUAACCACCGGAGAACAACUUGGCUUGUCGGACAGCAACGAGCACCUGUCCCAUUUUAAGGAACUGGCCCGGCAGGGUGAAUCCUGGGAAACCAAGGCUAAGGAACUGAUAUCCGUCGAGGCGGUCCAUUACCAGCAGUUGGAGGCCCUCUCUGCUCAAGCAUCCCGUCUCCCUGUUUCUCCCACGACCCUUGCUGCCGUUGAUGCUAUAUUGACCAAGCAGCGAGAGGCCCAGAAACGAAUUCAAACUCUAGUCGAGAGCAGCAGAGACCCUGAUGUCAGGAACCGACCUAAGUACAAGGAUGUUCGAGAGCUCACUGAGUCUCUGGAACAAUUGAACAGCCGGCCAAUUGGAGCUAUCGACUUGGAGCGUGAACAAAAGCGCCACGAGGACUGGAUGCGCAAGGGAAAGAAGCUUUUCGAAGAUAGCUACCGGCCUCCUGUGGAGCCUUCUUCGCGUGAUAAUACCCCCGAUGGUCUACUCGAGAACCCCCAGCCGACUGUGUGGGGACCGAAGUCUCACAAACGCGACGUUUUCUGUAUUUGUCGGCGACCGGAGGCCGGGAUGAUGAUUGAAUGUGAAGUUUGUCACGAAUGGUAUCAUGGAAAGUGCCUGAAAAUUGCGCGAGGCAAGAAAAUCCCUCGUGAUGCCGCCCGCCCGAAGCUGGAAGAUCUCCAGGAUUGGCAAGCUGAGAUCGCGGGUCUUCCCUUCCAGCCAGACGAGGAAGAGGUGCUAGACAGUAUUGUCAGCAAAGCGACUGCGUUUCGUGAUUUUCUCCAUGGAUUUACCAAUGCCGCUUGUACCACCACCGAGGAAGUGCCCACGUUGAUCUUCUACCUGCGCAAGAUCGAGGGCGCCGAAGUCCUGUUAGCUUACGAGACCAACUUCUUCCGACAAGAGAUCCACAAAUGGGCGCCUGUUGCACCCGAGGCACCACCAAUCUUGGAACAUUCAUUGUCGACUCGCAAGCCUCGGCCUACAAAGCAACAAAAGAUCAUGGCUCAAUUAGGCGUUGAGAGACCCGAAGACCUCCCAGAGCAUCUUCGGGCAAAGCAUAUGGCCAAGCGAAAGUCGGUCGAUACAGCAACGUCAACCCCCACAGCUCCUCGGCUUCAAUCCCUGCAGCCAUCUUCUGCCACCCCCAGUAGCACUCAGCCGCCAACCACGGGGCCUACCUUGACACCUAUGCCGGAUUCCCACAAUGUGUCCUACCCAUUCUCUGCUAACUACUCCUUGCCUGCGAGUGACUCAACCCCGGCGUUUGCCCCGACGUCCUCCACGUUUAUGCCGGAUGUCGCGGCAAACAAAUCGCCAUCUUUCCUUGCUCGAUCUCCUACGCCGCAGCAGGGCAUGGAAACCUCUCUCUUCAGCCCCCCUCGCUUCGAUCGUGAGCCUCAGUUCGUCAGUAGCAGUCCUCGGCAGAACCUCGAUGACGUAUUCGCCGACUUGACCAAUCAGGACAACGAUCCCGAAUCUGAACAAAUGGACAACACCCAUGCCAACGAAGCUCUCGAGGCUCUCAAUGCUAGCAAUGGCAGCAGCCGCGCCGCAUCGGUCCAUGAAGAGCCCGUACAGACCGGCGACGCUUCAAUCGUGGGGCCUGUGACCGCACACCAGGCUAAGGAGGCCAGUCUUGACCCCACCCAUCAGGGAUUGAAUGACUAUCCGUUGCUCGGUCCCCGUAAUGGCUCUCCGAAAGAGGCUCGCGGGGGCUCGUCUGCCCCAGACGCGAAUGUCACCAUUGAGGAAGAGCUUUAA